AUUUUUCUUCCUUGCAGGCAGCGCGUGACGAAAAAAUUCUUUCGAAAACUUGAAUUUUCAAGUGCUAAGAUGGAUUCGGAACAGUUUAAAGCAGCAGCUAGAGAUAUGGUCGAUUACGUCGCAGGUUAUUUGGACACCAUAGAAUCGCGACGAGUCGUACCUGAUCUUCAGCCUGGUUACAUCAAGGAGCUGAUUCCUGAUCACGCCCCUGAAGAUGCAGAGCCUUGGUCUGCUGUGUUGGGUGACCUGGACAGGGUCAUCAUGCCCGGGAUCACUCAUUGGCAUAAUCCGCGGUUUCACGCUUUCUAUCCGACUGCCAACUCGUAUCCAGCGAUUUUGGGGGACAUGUUGUCAGAUGCAAUUGGAUGCAUUGGCUUCACUUGGGUCAGUGCUACGCUGGGGACGACCGAUUGCUGCUCGUUUGAUGACCUGUUGUCCAUUGGACCGGUGGCUCAAAAACACGAACUUUACAUGCAUAUCGAUGCUGCUUAUGCUGGGGCUGCGUUUAUUUGUCCGGAGUACAGACAUCUGCUGAAUGGAGUCGAGUUCGCCGAUUCUUUCAAUUUCAACCCGCACAAAUGGAUGCUCGUGACGUUUGAUUGUUCGGCUUUAUGGCUGAAAAACUCGUCAGAAAUCGUUGAUGCUUUCAACGUCGAUCCGAUCUACCUCAAGCAUGACCAACAAGGUUUGGUGCCUGACUAUCGGCAUUGGCAAAUUCCUUUGGGGAGACGAUUUCGGUCCCUCAAAUUGUGGUUUGUGUUGCGACUUUACGGUGCCAAGCAGAUUCGGGCUCAUUUGCGAAAACAAAUAGCUUUGGCAGAAAGAUUUGCGCAACACGUCAAAUCUGACGCGAGGUUUGACAUUCCGGUGAAAAACCACAUGGGACUCGUCUGUUUCCGAUUGAAAGAAGAACCCAACGAAACCACAGAGAAGCUGCUUAAUCUGGUGAAUGGAAACGGGAAAAUUUUCGUCGUUCCUGCGAAACUUCGCGGAAGUUACGUCAUCCGAUUUUGCGUUUGUGCGAGAACAACAGAAGAGAAACACAUUGACGAUGCAUGGAAUGAAAUCUCCUCGUUGGCAGCAAAAGCAAUAGAAAUGUGCAAGAAAUGAUUCAGACUGAAAUCAGAGCCCUUGAGAAAACAAAUCCUUUGUCUGCUAUCAUGAUAUCAUGCGAUGCUUCAUUCCACUGAUUUUCGAUGUUCGAUGCCGAAGCUUGCAUUUUAAAAGUUGUUGCUACCAUUCAAAAUCAAUGCUUAUGAAGCUUUUAAGCCAAUCAACAAAUAUGAAAUGAUGAAAAAUUAUUUAACUUAUGAAAACUAUCUAUGUCUACUGUAUUUUGACGGUACAGUACUUUAAGGUACUUCAAGGUACUUCAAGGUCUUUUGUCUUCUAAACGUCAUCCUGAAUUAAAAUGUGAAAAACAGUUGUUAGAUGAUAACGGAGACUUUUAAUUAUCAAAAAUGUUUGCAACUUAUUAUUGUUGGUCAAAUUGAAAUUUAUUCGGCACCCUUAAAAUUCAUCUGCUCUAUUAUCUCUGGUUUCUGGAACAUUAAUUACCAACAUCAAAAGAUUUUUCGAAUGAAACAGAACAGUCAGAUUUAGUGCAUCGUCUUCAAGCAAAUAUUACAAUUUACCUUAAAAUAUCCUGCAAAUUCCAAUGCUGUAAUAUGGCAGAUCACGAGUCAUUGAUAACAUCAGUCAAUUCCUUUUUUCAAUUGCCAUUUCAUUGAAGAUGAGAUUCGAGAGAUCAAAAGUUAAACAGAAAAUGAUAAUGCAUCGCUCUGUAAAAAUAAAGUUCAUCACUCGUACAAAGAAAUGCGCAACAAUGUCAUGACUGUAUAUAGAACCAAUUCUUGUUUGUCAACUCUUUUU